UUACCGUUAAGAUCACGUUUGUUGCUUACUUUUUUUUUCUCUCUAUUACUUUUAUUAUUGAAGUUUUUUUUUUAAUUUUUUUUAAUAUUUACUUAUCGCGAUUAUUUUCAUUCAACACCAACCAACCAACCAUCCAAGCAGCCAACCAAUCAACCGACCAAAAAAGAAAAACAUUGAGUACUUUUUUUAAGUAUACAAAAAUACAAAGGUGUCAAAUACAAAAUAUUUCACUUUACAAAAAUAAAAAACGAAAAAGAAGAAAAAAAAAAAUUUUCUUAAGUGCAAAAUUUCUUUGAAAUUGGUGCGAUCUCCGGUAAUAAAAGUCAAAGAAUAAAAUAAAAAAAAAAUAAGAAAAAGAGAGCAAACAUGGUUUCAUCAAAAUUCAUAAUUUUCAUUAGCUGUAUAUUUACUAUAAUAGGUUUAACAUAUUCACAAAUAGCACCUGGUUCUAAUACAUAUUUACCACCAAAGCCAACACCAAGUGGUUAUAAUUAUCCUUCACCUCCUGUAGCAUUACCAACACCACGAACACCACUUCGUCCAGCAGGACCAGGACCAAAACCACCAGCAGGACCACCAGCACCACCAAGGAGACCAAUAGGAGAACCUGGACCAGAUCAUGUUCAUAUGCCAGGAAUGCCAUUUGAUUUUGAAUAUGCUGUUAAUGAUAUACCAUCAUCAAAUGAUUAUUCACAUAAAGCAAACAGUGAUGGUGAUAUAACACGUGGUGAAUAUCGUGUUCAAUUACCAGAUGGUCGUACACAAGUUGUCCGUUAUACAGCUGAUUGGAAAACUGGUUAUCAUGCUGAAGUAUCAUAUGAAGGUGAACCACAAUUUCCGACUGGACCAGGAUCAAAUCGAGGUGGUGGCGGUGGAUAUAAAUAUUAAAAAUACAUAAGAUAAAAAAAAAAAAAGAAUUUUAAAAUUUGAAAAAAAAAAAACUUCGUCAUAAAAGAAUAAAAUUUAAUUCUUUAUAUGUAAAUGUAUAUGUUAUUUAAUUUAUUUUCUUUAAAAAAAAAAAAAAACAAAUAAACAAAAUCAUCAACAACCAACCUCUCGUAUGAAAGAAUAAUAAAAAUACAAAAAAAAAAAACUAAUUUAUCCUUUUUUUUUCGUUUUUUAUCCUAAGAGAAAAUUUUCUUGCAAGACUUUAUUUUUUCCUUUGUUUUUAUUUCUCCUAAAGUUAUGUAAUCCAGUUAUUUUUUCUUUGUAUUAAAAAAAUUUCUCUUUCACUUCCUUGAUUAAGAAUAUUUAACAAGGAUCAGAGCCGGAAAUUUUACAAUUUAUUUAAGUUAGUCAGAGUUUUUUUGUAUAAUUUUAAUUUCAUUUCAAAUUUG